UUGCCGGGGCGGCGGGGGCGGGCCGUCGGCCGGAAGCACCGGCGGCGGCGGAUGGAGGCUGAGGCGGAGCGGGCGGAGGCGCCGCGGCGGGGGGGCGCCGCCGCCGGGGUACUAAAGAUGGGCCGUCGAGCCCGCCAGGACUUCUUCCCAGGUGAAAAUCUCAGCAGAAAGAAUUCCUCGUCUGCUUCUCUUGGAGAGGGUCCACCACCUAAACCCCCACGCCGACAAGGAGGCUGGGCAGAUGAUCCUGUACUGGCACCUACCAAGUCAGGAAGAAAGCAUGCAGAAGAAGUAGAAGACCAUCGUCUCAGACAGCAGAGCCUGGAGACAUCAGAUGAUGGAGGAGACAUUCCUGUGAUCCCUGACUUGGAGGAAGUCCAGGAGGAAGAUCUGGCCAUGCAAGUGGCAGCUCCCCCCAGUGUGCAGGUGAACCGAGUGCUGACCUACCAUGACCUGGACAAAGAUCUUAUGAAGUACGCUGCCUUUCAGACUCUGGAUGGAGAGGUUGACCUGAAGCUUCUCACCAAAGUUCUGGCUCCAGAGCAUGAACUACGAGAGGAUGAUGUCAGCUGGGAUUGGGACCAUCUCUUCACAGAGAUAUCCUCAGAACUAGUGACUGAGUGGGACCUGGGACAGUCUGAGAGAGAGGACCACUUCAGUCUGCCCUAGAGCACUAGCACACCAGACAUCUCAUAUAUGCAUCCCCUGUAAAUAGGUUAGCACUUUAAUUUUCUAUUCACUUGUUUGUAUUUGAGAAUUUAUUUCAGACAUGAAAAUAAGUAGGACUUUGCUUCAUAGGAAAACUGGCUCGGGAGAAGUGUUGGGUAUUUUGUAAUAAAAAUCUUUGUUCUCAAAAUAGAUUAAGAAUUCUAAACACAAUAAAAUAUUUACUUACGAACAGUCA